AUGGUCACGUACGACCAGCUCGUGCCCUACCUGCCCCCGCCAGUCACGUUCGCCGUCCGCGUCCUCCACCUCUCGGACCCGGUCAACGCCCUCCUCGUCCUCCUCGUCGUCGUCCUCUCGCUCCGCAUCCUCUUCCCCGCCCCGCCCUUCACUCCGACCCCGUACCUCCUCCCGACCAAGCCCGCCGACGACUACAACUGGCGGCCGGCGACCCACCCUCCCUCCCGCGUCUGGCGCACCUUCACCCCACACUCGCUCGCCCCCUUCAACGGCACCACCAAAGGCCAGCCCAUCCUCUUUGCCGUCCGCCGCAAGGUCUACGACGUCUCCUCGGGCGCGUCCUUUUACGGUCCCGACGGGCCCUACGCCAACUUUGCCGGCCGCGACGCCUCGCGCGGUCUCGCAAAGCAGAGCUUCGACGACGACAUGCUCGCACCGCUCGACGGGCCCAUCGACCCGCUCGACGACUUAACCGACGCCGAGUGGACCAACCUCCGCCAGUGGGAGGACCUGUUCCAGACAAAGUACAUCCCCUGCGGCGACUACGUCGACGCGCAGUAG